CGCACUUUGUCGCCAUCGUGUGGAGGCUCUCGGUGAAGGCGGAUGUAGCAGCAGUGGGACUUAAAAUGGCGCCUGGAGAAACAAACACAAGCUGGUGUCGAGGUGUUUUUACCGUUAACGGCAGGAAAACAGCCGCAGGGAGUGUGACAGGUAAACCCACACAUGAACACUCUUUCUCCGUUUUGGACCUCUGGCGGUCCCUUCUUGAUUCGGCACGUGCGCGCGCAGCGUGACCACAGAGGCUAACCGAACAUCAAUCAAGCACUGACCAAAAAGGAACCGAGAUUUAAUCAAGAACUAACCGCGGAUUAACCGAGCUCUGGCCGUGAAUUAACCGAGCACAGGUGUCCGUUUAUCAUCUCUGAGUGAUUAUUGAUGCUUCGUGUGAACCAGCUGUGACCCUCAGGUAGAUUAGCACCAGGCGACCAGGUAGCCAUCACGCUAUGAGGUCGUGACCUUUCAGUGACUGGCGAUGGCGGCUGAACUUUUCCCCACCAGCCUCCCUCAUGAAGACCAAGUGGAGGUGAAGAAGACCUUGAUCCAGCCCAGCCAAUCAAAGCCUCCUGGGGGUUACCAUGACGAAGGCAACAGAGAUGAAGCUCAACCCAACUUCAAUGCUGACGGAGAGGAGAGAGAUAACCGCCAGGAAACGCAACCCACACUCAGAGAGAGGAACGCUCUGAUGUUCAACAACGAGCACAUGGCUGAUGUUCACUUCAUUGUCGGCCCUCCAGGAGACACUCAAAGAGUUCCUGCUCAUAAGUAUGUCCUGGCCGUGGGCAGCUCAGUCUUUGGAGCCAUGUUUUAUGGGGAUUUGGCUGAGGGUCAGUCUGAGAUCCAGAUCCCUGACGUGGAACCGGCUGCUUUCCUCAUCUUAUUAAAGUAUAUGUACAGUGAUGAGAUCCAGCUGGAGGCGGACACGGUGCUCGCCACACUCUACGCUGCUAAGAAGUACAUUGUUCCGGCUCUGGCAAAGGCAUGUGUGUCAUUCCUGGAAACAAGUCUGGAGGCGAGGAACGCCUGCGUGCUGCUGUCUCAGAGCUGUCUGUUUGAGGAGCCUGAGCUGACGCAGCGCUGCUGGGAGGUGAUCGACGCUCAGGCUAACCUGGCUCUGCGUUCUGAAGGUUUCUGUGAGAUCGACCUGCCCACGCUGGAGAUCAUCCUGCAGAGAGACUCGCUCAACAUCCGGGAAGUGUCCGUCUUUCAGGCCAUGCUGUGCUGGGCGGCGGCUGAGUGUCGGCGUCAGGGUCUGGCGGUGACCCCAAGGAACCAGCGUCUUGUUCUGGGUAAGGCUCUGUACCUGGUGAGGAUCCCCUCCAUGACGCUGCAGGAGUUUGCUGACGGACCAGCACAGUCAGACGUCUUGACGCUGAAAGAGACUCGUGACGUUUUCUUGUGGUUCACCGCCUCCAACAAACCCAGACUGGAGUUUCCUCUAGGGAAGCGGACUGGCCUGGUGCCACAGAGGUGUCACCGCUUCCAGUCUUCAGCAUACCGCAGCAACCAGUGGCGCUACAGGGGGCGCUGCGACAGCAUCCAGUUUGCCGUUGACAGACGGAUCUUCAUGGCCGGACUUGGGCUGUAUGGGUCGAGUGGUGGGAAGGCAGAGUACAGCGUGAAGAUAGAACUGAAGAGGCAGGGGUCGGUUCUGGCCCAGAAUCUGACCAAGUUCCUGUCAGACGGAUCCAGCAGCACCUUCCCCGUAUGGUUCGAACAUCCAGUCCAGGUGGAACAGGACACCUUCUACACAGUAAGCGCCGUGCUGGAUGGGAAUGAGCUCAGUUACUUCGGUCAGGAGGGGAUGACCGAGGUGCAGUGUGGGAAAGUGACCUUCCAGUUCCAGUGCUCCUCAGACAGUACCAAUGGGACCGGGGUGCAGGGGGGGCAGAUCCCUGAGCUCAUCUUCUACUGCUGAACCACCACCAGAAAUCUGACCAAUCAGAGAACAAGCUACAGACUGGGCAGCUCAGACACUACUGAUGUGUCUCAGCUGUGAGCUGAUUGGUUUGCGUGUUUGAAUGUUGCAGUGACGGAUGGAUCUGACUUUGUUGCUGCUCCUUGAGUAUCACGUUUAUCAUGAGUUGUUUGUUGAUGUUGUUUCCUUCAGCUGCCGUAAGGUGUCACUACAGAGCAGGACAUACUGAAGGAGUAACCUCCGGCCAUGAAAAAUUAAAUCAAUGCAGAACACUGCAGUUCCUCUAGGGUCCACUAGAGACUGUACUACAGUGAAUCAUUCCUCAUAGAGAUCCAUGUUAAAAUGUCUGACUUUAUAACAGAAAUAAAGAUGUUUACAGCCUGCUACAACAACCUGUUUGUCUUGCUUUACUGUAUGGGCGUGACGGUGAAGAUUUACUUUCAGGAUGUUGCAGCAAACCUAAAAAGGGACCAA